AGCCGAACACAACCAAAGUGCUUGGGUUAAGUUGAGUUAGAGCUGUGUGUUUAGCUGAAUCUUAACCUAAUAAAUCAAAAGCCUAAAAUACUUAAUCUAAUUAUACACGAUCUGCAGGUCACACUGCAUGCACUAGAAGGAUGGAUGCUGAAUGGUGGCUGGUUUUUCUACUCGCCAACUUGUGUUUAUGCAGUUCACAGCCAACAGAAAAAGAUCCCAUAUACAUAAAGGACACAGAAAUGAUUUCAACAGAGGAGGGAUCGUGUGUCACCAUCUACUGCAAAUACUGGAAGACUAAUAAUUUGCAGCUACUCUGGUUUAAGGACGCUGUGUAUGAUAAUAAACAAAAAAAAUAUGAGGGGACCAUUGUUUAUAGUAACACAGAAAAACGCCCACAAACUUCUGGGCAAAGCUACUCCCACAGAGUGCAAUACCAGAGUAAUGCCAAUUAUCAAAUGGCAUCAUGCACAUUAAGAAUUAAUGACCUGGAAAAAGCUGACAGUGGAAACUACAGCUUUAGGACUAUAGGAAGCUAUUAUAGAUAUAUGAGUAAACAUGUGAGCCUCACUGUAAAAGACAACCCUUGCAAGGUCCAUAUUGAGCCAGAAGAUAAGAAGAUGCUCACAGAAGGUAACAACGUGAGUCUUCGGUGUUCAACAUCAGCACAGUGUUCACAUCAUCCUGAAUGGUACAAAGUAAUCUCUGAGAGAGUUUCUGAGCCGAUGGAAGUCAUUACAAACCCUGAAACUCAAGAUGAAGGUUGGAAAAAAAUCACAGAGCUGAAGUUAUCAGUCACCUGGGAGGAUAAUGGGAGAAGUUUCUCGUGCCGUCCAGCUGGAAGCAAAGAUGACUGCCAGGCCAGGAAUAUCACUCUGGAAGUUGAAUACAAACCUAGAGAUACUGAGGUACAGAACAGCCCUGAGACUGUGAAAGAAGGAGAUACCGUCACUCUGUCCUGCUCCAGCAAAGCUCACCCUAAUGCUUCCUUCACCUGGUUUAAAUACAACCUUUUGAUUCAAAGUGGCUCAUCUGAGUACAAAAAGUAUAACAUAAAUCCAGCAGACAGUGGAAAUUACAGCUGUCAAGCCAAAAAUGAUCUGGGGACAGGCGUUUCACUCCCAGUUAGGAUCAAUGUUUUGUAUGCUCCAAAAGAUGUUCGAAUCAAGGCCGAAACCAGUGAUGUCAAAAUAGGGGAUACACUCCGUCUGACGUGCUCCGAGCAAAGCAGCAAUCCUGCUCCACAUGUGUACUCUUGGUAUAAAGAUGGUGUUAAGUUAUUAGAAACAAGUUCAUUACUUACUAUUACAGAACUAAAGCAGAGUCAUUCUGGAUGGUACCAUUGUGAGGCCGAAAAUCGCAUAAAGUCUACAGCCUCUGAAAAGAUUCAAAUAUCUGUACAGUAUGCUCCAAUGAACACUAACAUUACAGGCUCGUCACAAAUAAAGCUUAGAUCAAAAUUUAUCCUCACCUGUUCAACCGAUGCCAAUCCUCCUGCUUAUCAUUAUUCCUGGUACUUUAAGUCAGAAGGCACCCAGCAGUAUUUUCUCCUUCCUCAAACGACUCAGUCAUAUCAGAUUGAGGAGGUGAUUAUUGAAGAUUCUGGAUCGUAUAUCUGCAAUUCUAAGAAUAUUAUUGGUGCAGGACCAAACUCCACGGAAUUCAAAUUUAAUGUACUCUAUCCACCAAGUCAACCUAAUCUGACCAUGGUAGAGACUAUAAGAGAUGGUAAAAAGCUUUCCAUCAGCUGCACUGUAAAAAGCUAUCCUGCAGCAGAAAUGACACUGAGCAGAAUCACUCUCCAAAACCCAGAAGAUGUGCUGAUAAUACAAGACCAGACCAGCACUAUCUCUUUCUCUGGUAUGGUGUCUGAAGCACACGCUGGUCAGUACACCUGCAGAGCCAAAAACUCAGAGGGACAAUCCGACACAACACGAGAGCUGAAGGUUUUGUAUGCCCCUAAAGAUGUUCAAGUAUUAGAUGUUAUAGGUCAAAACUGGAAGGAAGGAAACAACCUUGAACUGAUAUGUACAGCCCAUUCUGAGCCCACUGUGUCCACAUACACAUGGGAGAAAUCAUCUGGGAAGGAGAUUCUGAGCAAAUCAGAAAAAGUGGGAGGGACACAGAAACUAAACAUAUAUAACCUUACCCGGGCUGACUCUGGGCAUUAUUUCUGCACCGCCGGAAAUGAGAUUGGCUAUACAAGAUCUGCAUCCUUCGAGAUUAGAGUUAAAUAUGGCCCAAACGUAACAAUUAUCCAUAACUUGACCUCAUUGAAUGACUGGGAUGGGAAAGCUCCAGUCAGCCUGACCUGCAAUGUAGACUGUUAUCCUCCAGUUACAAAUUAUCAAUGGUUCACAAAUGAGGAAAAUACAAUCUUGUCCUAUGAUCAGACCUACAUUGUUUACCCACAAAACCAAGGAACCUACUACUGCGUUGCAAAAAAUGAAGUAGGGGAGUCUACAUCUCACCCAGUCAAAUUGUGGUUUAAAGGACUCUUUCAACAGAUUUUUCUUUGGAUCUUGAUCUCUGUAUUUUUCCUCUGCAUACUGAUUGUUGUCAUAUUGCUGGUGCACAGGAUUGUCUUGACAACAGAAUCUUCAGAUGGAACAGACAGCCAAUCAUUUUUCAUCCCAGCUAUUCAAGCUCGGUUUUUAACAGGAUCCCAGAACAACACUAGAGAAAAUCUGGUGAUGGAAGGAGAAAUGGAGCCUUACAGUCACAGACACAACCAGUCAUCUUCCACUGCACACACUUAUAUCUCAGCCAACAGACAGAACCAUGCAGGAAGGUCAGUUCCAAACAUUCACACUGAGUAUGAUGCUGUAAAAAGGCCAGAAGCCAUUCAGAAGGAUCCAGCUAUGUCCACUGUGAACUAUGCUAAUCUGCAGAUCAAGAACCACAAUAAUCCAAGUAAAAGUGUAAACAGCAGCUGUGAAGCUGGAACAGUGUAUGCUGUAGUUUCCAAAAAAAAGCAGAAUACAAAGGUGGUGCCAGAAGUUAAUGACGAUUAUGAGAAUGUGUCCAGUGCUCACGCUCCAAAAACAGAUUUUUCCAACAUAAACUGGGACUCCGACACCAGUGAGGAGGAAGAGAAACUAAACUACAGCACGGUCACUUUCACUGCAACACAACAGCAUAAACCACGUCAUACUGGAGAAGAUUCCAGUUCUGAAGAGGAAGAGAGGACUCAGUAUUCUCAGGUCAAAAUUAACUGAGCAAAAAUGAAUUACUGUCUCUGGAUAUGUUAAAGCUUCUUUUAAAGCAUGCAGUGUGCUGGAAAAGCACACAUUUCUAGUUUAAAUAACUGUGAAUGAUGUUCUUGAAUUAAAUUUGGAGAAAUUAGGAGAUUUUUAUACACUGUACAUUUGCUUUUUUGUACUUUUGUUGUACAGUUGUGUGCGUGUUUGUGUGUAUAAUAUUACCAUGUUUCACUAUGACAAACUGAUUGUAUAUUGGGUGCUUAUGAAAAUUACAUUUGUUAAAUGUUGUUCUGAGAUUUCUUAUCAAUCUAUAUUUCAUCAAUUUUAUAAAAUUAAAAUGUAUUUGUGUAUUGCA